AUGUUCCAUGGCGACUCCUAUCUGGAGUUCGUCUGGCUGUCCUGCCGGCCGGCCGGCCCGGGCGAGUCGUGCGUGGUCACCGGGCCGAGCACGCGAGGCAGCGUGUCGGGCCGGGUGCUGCCGCUGGCCCGGCGCCUGGACGCGCGCCACCUGUACGUGACCGACGAGUACCUGAUGACGCAGUUCAUCCGGGCCAAUCCCGAGGACCGGUCGUUGAAUUAUGUGUGGAUCCCGGCGUCGGACUUGCUGCCCCUGCCGGGGGGGUGGAUCUUGCAGGUGACCGACAAGGUGCGCGUCAGCGCCGGGCCGAUGGGCCUGCUGUUCCACGAUGAGCCGCGGUGGAUGCCCGACGGCAUUCACGGGGCCAUGGUGCCGGAGGGGUCGUCCGGCGUCAAGUACCGCGGGAUCCUCCUCCCCCGAGGGGCCGAGGCAGGCCCCGGCCAGGAGGCGGACCCCCCGGCCGGGGAGCUGUUCCUGGUGGAGGACAUGUGGUCGGCCGCGUGGGAUGUCAUCCAUGUGGCGGGCGGGGUGCCGCCGACCGGGCAUGCGCGGUCGCGAGCGGCCGGCACGCGGCAGCACCGGCUCGGCAUGCUGCCCCAGGCGCCGCGGCUCGGGCCGGAGGAGCCGCCGCGAUCCCGGGUCUUCGGGGUCCGGCUGGCCGGCGGAUCGCCCGAGUACCCCAGCGCGCUGGUGCUGCUGUCGAAGAAGUACAUCGGCAUGUCGGUGCUGUGGUGCCGGCCGGGCGGCCGGGCGGCGUGCGUUCUCCUGCCGGCCACCUUCGCCGACUUGCCGGAGGAGCUCCAGCUCGACGAGCAGGCACCGCUGUGGGUGGAGCCGGUGGUGCACACCCCGGCGCGGGGAACAGUCCAUGGGGCCGGCCUGCUGGCCACCCUGCUGACCUAUUCCCCGGGGGCCGGGCUGGUGUAUGUCACCUUGCGGGUGCCCUGCCCGCCGGGGACCGCCGGGCUGUACUGCCUGCCCUGCCACUCGGAGUGUGUGGAAUGCUGGGCCCCCGGCGACUCGGCCGCAUGCACGCAAUGCCCCCCGGGGAAGCUGCUGGCCCUUGGGGGGGGCCUGUGCGGGGACACCUGCGCCGGGGACGCCAUGCCCGGGCAGGGGCCCGCCCAGGGCACCUGUGUGGCCUGCUUGCCGGGCACGGCCGGCAGCGGCUGUGGCCCUUGUGACCCGACAUGCCUCGAGUGCUCGGCCCCCGGGGACCCGUAUGCCUGCACAAGCUGCCCGCCGGGGCGGCUGAUGUCGGCCAGCACCGGGGCAUGCCUGCUUGACUGCUCCCGGGGGACCAUGCCGGGCAUCGGCCUGGCGGCGGGCACGUGCGUUUCGUGUCCGGCCACCUGCCGAGCCGCCCGCUGA